AUGUCUCCCCCCAUCCUGAAGCCCGCCGAUGUGGAAGGCCAGACCAAAGAACCCGCAUCUCCGGACAAGGAGCGCAACGAGAUCGAUAUCCCUGCUAAUCCCGGCACUGAACUCCCCACCAAGAAAAUCCACGCCCUACCUACCACUCCGAGCGGGCCAUCCGGGUCCAUCACGGCUUGGGGAAGCACCACUGGCAAACUGUACCUGUCAGACCCUCGACUCAACGAUCCACAAUCGCGGUCGGUCAUCACAAGAUUUUUCUGGAAAACUGAGGCCGAACAUGCCGAGAAAGACGGGAAAGGAGAGGAGAAACAGGGAGGGGAAGCAAGCGAGGCUGGGAAGAGUACGGAGUAG